GAAAGAAUCUCGCACGCCCGGUCCGAACAAACAACGAAAAUAAGCAAAGCCAAAGCCAAAGAAAUAGCCAAAGCCAAAACCAAACCAAGUGAACUCUGCCAUCUCGCCAAUCCGCCGAUCAACAUGCAGCUGCAACGCCUGAUUCUCGCCGUGGGAUGUGUUCUCAUAUUGCUGCUAGGCCAGUGCAGCCAAUCGACAGAGGCGCGUCGCCUUAUCUUCUACAGUCCGCGCAGCAAGACGCUAACCGGCCAGCUGCUCAUCUCCAGUCGGGUCAAGCGACCCUGUCCGGCGGGUAAAAUGCGCGAUCAUCGCGAUCGCUGUCGGCGCGCCGUGAUCUUUGCGCGAAACAAGUGAAGUGAGUG